AUGCAUCCGUCCAAGGAAUAUACCACUCAGGUCCGCUUGAUCGAAGCGGCGCGAGCUCGGCGGCAGGAGCUUGAACGCGAAAUCGUCGAGGAGAUGCGGGCGCUGGAAAAGGUCGAGAAGAUGAAGGUGAAACAUGGGAAGACAUUGGACAUGUACGACAGCCUGCUCAGCAACAAGACCGCCACUCCGCCUCCACCACCUGCGGAGGCUUCCGCCGAAUUCUCCGCCGACGAGGAAGCCCUAUUCUCCGCCGACGAGGAAGCUCAAUCCUCCCAGGAAGCCCAAUCCUCCGCCGACGAGGAAGCCGAAUCCUCCGCCGACGAGGGAGCGUCAUCCUCCGCCGAGGGAGCCUCAUCCUCCGAUGAGGGAGCCUCAUCCUCCGCCGACGAGGGAGCCGAAUUCUCCGCCGACGAGGGAGCCGAAUCUUCCGCCGACGAGGAAGCCGAAUCCUCCGAACCUUUGACCACAGACAUCAACGCAGACGCCGCCCACGAGACGGCGUUGGCCCUCGCAUGCGUGGCCUGCAAAGCCCAAGCCGCCCUCGAGGCUGUGCAGAUUGGAAAAUGGAAUAGAGCUCAGAAGUUUGUCGUUGAGAUGCUCGAGGCGGGAACGCGCCUCAGGGACAUGUUGGAUGCUGUGAGGGUGAAUGAGGUCUUGUCCGGGAAAGGGUACUAG